CUACGAUUUCUUUCCUGGUCUCGCGGCAUUCGAGGGUUGCUCUUCGGCCUCGUGCACCCCUGUGAUGAUAAACGAGAUGAAGCUGGUAUUGGCCCUUUGUUUCGUCGUGCUUGUCGGAGUGUACGGGGCGCCUCGUGCCACAGGGAAGGCGGCUGCUCAACUGGAGAGCUCUUUGGUAAUUGACGCGCUGCUCUCUCGUCGAUACGACGUGGAGGACGUCAACAUCGUCAAGAGAGGCGGCAGGGUGGUCAUGGUGGACGGUCCGCCAGAGGCACUUGAUGAGCUCUUCCAACGACGAGGUACGUGUGAUGGUUUGCGAGGCCACAGUGCACCUCAAGCUGCCUAUUCUGUGGGCUUUCGUUAGGCGCAGAGCAGGAUUGUGAGGCCCCGGAAAGUACAACGGCAUGCCCUGGUCAGACACAGUGCAGAGAGAGGCUCAUGUGACGUCAUGCUCAAUGGAUCCCUGGUGGUGCAGGCAGCGCAGCCAAUGGCCUCCCCGCGUGCACUAUCAGCAAUGAGGUCACUAACGCGGACGGCUCAAAAAGCGGCACCAUCAGCGGCAUCAACUGUGAGGUCACAAGGACAGGCCUUCCCAUGGCUGUUGAGGUGACGGAUGAUGCCGACAUGGAUGGCCUCGACUUCUUCAUCGACGAGUACACAGUGGAGAUUCCUUCGACCGUUCCAGACGGUUCGAAUGUCGUCUUUGCUGUCGACAGUAACGUGGCCGACACAGACUUUCAAGUGGUUCUCUUCCCAGGCACAGACGACGAAGAAGACAUUCAGUCGAGGGUGGCGACUGACGCUGUCGACAACUAUGAGAACGUGAUUGUCGUCCGGGCCGCCGUCGAUGGUGUUAGAAGAGGGACGGUCAAACUCGAGGUACGUACGUGAAUGUGUGUGAAGGUGCUUACUGUAUACACGCAUCUCAUUCAUUUAUUCAUUCCCCCGUGUGCGUUGUGUGUCGAUGCAUUGAAUGGCAGCUCGGCUGCGUCUCGUUCACUGCGGACUGCAAUUACACCUUGAUUAUAUUCGAGCACACUGGAUGCUGCGCCCUUGACCUUGGAAGUGGCAUUACUGUCGACGACGUGGGCACAGAAUUUGCUGCUGGCGCCACCAUUGCGUGAAGAAAGCUCGUCGAAGCGAGCGGGUAGGGUGGGGACCUCUCGACAUUCAGAGAUUCGGCUGGUGGGGCGCUGGGGUGAUGUGUGUACGACUUGACUGAUACAUGGGCAGAGAGACAGACGGUUGCACGGAUGUCGAAAAGACGUCCUGCAUCUGUCAUUCACACACACGACAGAGAGACCUUCGUACUGUGUGUAUCAUGCAGCGAGAGACACGAUUUAGUUGCGUUGUCGUGUUUGGUCGCCUUCUCUUUAGCCACGUAGGACGUGUUUGGGCUGUCGUUGCCUUCAUUUGGCGGGAAGGAGAGAAGAUGUGACCGGCGAGCUAUGUACGUAUCCAUUGACCGUUAGAUGCGGAAUCGUUUUG